AUGGCUGCUUUGCAGAGGUCUGCGAAGUCAUUCAGGAGGCAAGGUUCAUCAGGUAUAGUAUGGGAUGAUAAGUUGCUGCAGAUUGAUCCGAGAGAAUUGAGAGCUUGCCAAAGUGUCAAUGACACCAUGACUAGCAUGGUGGAACAUGGCGGCUCAAGCACGGCAUCAUCUCCGGUUUACCUUCGCAGCAACUCUGCACCAACUGCUGCCAUUAAAAAGCCUUCUCCUUUGUUGGGUGCUUUCAAAAAGCCGCCUCCGUCUCAGAAAUCCAAGUGCAGGAAAAACACCUGA